CUUUUAAGUUGAGAAAGGAGUCCAAUCCGUUUCAUGAUUCGCCCACUACUGAUACGUUUCAGAAAUCCCUCGGAUUCAACUUGUCAUAGGCGUGAGGGGUGCAGGAUAAAUCUUCUUAUCCACAUACUCUGUGUCUAAUCAGCGGGCCGGUAAUCGAUCGUGUUGAAGUCCGCAAGUCAAACACGCGUUUAGUGGCUGGGCCAACAAAUCGCAACAAUGACACGAUUCAUCCUUUUCACUUUCUCUCUAUGACUUCCAUGAACCUAAAUCACUCAGAAAUCGAGCUAUGCAAUCUUUUCGGCCAGAUGAAUCUGGAGAAGGAAAGCUACGCCGCCCAACCAGAAGCAAUUCUCGUUGAUGAUAUCAGCUGCGAUUCCGAUGCGUCAUCCGAUACCGGUUUCAAGGCCCUGGCAGAGUUCAAACACAACGGGUGCGCCUACCUCCAAGCGCUCCAGAUGCAGCUCGACAACUACCCCACUACGGGCGGCGAGUAUCUGGAAGCCAUCUUCACACAUCGCGAGAUUCUCUGUGCAUACCCUGUAGCACACCAGUUAUGUGCACAGGGUUUCAGCGACAUUGCAUACGCUUUGGAGCAACGGGCAUGGAGGGCUGAUCGUGAAGCAGACACGGAGGCUAUUGUGGCUUUUCGCCAUGAGGCGUGGAUGAUUGCGUCGACACUUAUAUACCAGCCUGACACUGCUUGAUCAAGUAGUAUAGUGUCAUCAUACUGAUCUACUAGUGUGCCGUAUUUCAUUUAUUGAUGGUGUUCCCUAUAUUCGGAUUGCUAAUAUUGAACAUUUU